AGUAUAUCAAAACAUGUCAAGAGAAUUGAUAGUUACCCAACGUUAAUCACUUCAGAACUAAAUUUCGUGAAAAAAGUUCAAGUUGAUUAUCUCCACCACCAAGAUGUUACCAAAACUGUUUCAAAUGGAUGAUUACAAAGAAUGUUUGAAAAAUGAUAAUACAUUUUGUAAAGUGAAUGCACACCUUCAGCCUAAGAAUGCUGGUAAUGAGAUUUGGAAGUCUAUACAAGAUUCUUUGAAAAACCAGGACCAUUUCGAUCAUAGUAUACUGCAUAGAGGGUAUUGCCUAAAUAGCCAGGAAGCUCGUGAUGUGGAAUCAGUCAAGAGAUAUUCUGAAUAUCUAACGAACAGAGAGAUAACUAACACGAAUUUAACAGCCACAAUUGAAGUAUUAGCUUGCACUGAUAGUCACCUUACAAUAUCGUCAUUUGAUAUACUAUUCAUAAUCAUCGUCGUGAUAUAUGGCAUUUUCAUAUCGAUAGCAACCUAUGAAGACAUCAGGAGGAAAAAAACAGGAAACGCCAGCCUUGGAUUCUAUAAACAGUUUUCUUUGUACCAGAGUUGGAAGAAGAGGGUGAUACCAUUGAAAAAUGAUGACUCAAAGAAACUCAAGUCCAUACAGGGGAUCAGAACUUACAAUUUUCUGUUGAUUGUUCUUGUACAUACGAAGAUGGGUUUUCUCUUUCACUAUGUCGAAAAUCCUGAUUGGGUAGAAGAGGUUAAGCCUCUAUGGCAUCUUCUAUUCACAUUAUAUAUGUUUAUUGUAUAUACUUUCACCUUGAUUUCUUCAUGGCUACUCACCAAUCAAGUACUCGAAAGUUUCCAGAAACAUGAACAUUUUUCUCUGAAGCACGCUGGGAUAAUGGUCGUCCACCGAUAUUUCAGAAUGGCAGUCACCUAUUUAACAUGUGUUGCGAUGUUCAAUACGUCUUUAGUAAGAAACAUUAGUGGAGCUCUCAAUAUCGAAAGUACUUUUUCACAUGAAGUAGCUUGCAAAAAGGGUUGGUUCUACUCUUUACUUCUCAUAAAUAAUUUCCAAUAUAUGAGAGAUUUGUGUAAUGGGAUUUCUUGGUAUAUAGGAGCUGACUUCCAGUUAUAUUGCCUGAACAUAAUAGUUCUAUAUGUGAUACUGAAGUAUAAGCUGAAUUUUACUAAAGUACUGGCAUUGCUUGUUGCUUUUUCCACCGUUGUUUAUGCGAUAAUCAUAUAUAUUUAUGAUAUGGAUAUAAUAUUCAGGCUCUACACCAGGAAUAUCGAGCUCAGAAAAUUCCUGAAUUCAUUUUCGUUUAUUGUUUCUUACUCCUCUACAUAUUCGAUGAUGAAUGCAAGCUUUGUAGGAGUAAUCUUUGGAGUGAUAUAUUUCAGAAAUAAACACCAACAAUUCAAUAUAAAGUGGAAACUACAAUGCUUAUGGGCCUCACUAUUUUUUGGAUUACCUACAUUGGCUGUUUUGUUAGCAAGUAACGAGGCCAGAGGACUUUCAGCUAUUAUAUUAGGACCAAUAGUGAAGCCUCUGUUCGUAACAGGUAUUGGCGUUGGGAUUUUGGGAAUGUCCCAUGGAAUAGGAGGAAUUGUCAAACGAAUAUGUGAAUGGGAGGUCGCAGUGAUCGUAGGAAAUUUUUCAUACUGCCUCUACCUCUUUCAACUACCAGCAGUUGUUUAUCAGACAGCUCUCACUAAUUAUCCAUUGAGGAUAGGAUAUUCUAGAAUCGUAUUCGACUACAUAGUUGCUGUCAUGAUAAGUUUCGUAUUUGGAGGUGCUAUGACUCUGCUUGUUGAAGAACCAGGAAUAACGCUUCAGAAAAUGUGGCUUCCCCAACUAAGGAAAUCGCCGGGCGUCAAGAUAAAGGAGGAGAAUGGAACCAGUGUAUCCACGAAUAAAUCAGAUUGAUUUUGAACAAUAAAACUUGCUCC